UGAACGGUGUGAUAUCUGAAGAUAGAAUAACUUUGAAUUCUCUACAUCGUGAAUCUUUCUAAUAGUAAUACACGAAAAUAAGUAAUACAUGAAAAAAGACGAGUUACACAGUACAUUUCGAAGAUUUCGCUACAUACAAAUUUGUCUCGUUUUUCGAUAUAAAACGCUCUACGAAUUUGUGUUUCUGUUACUAAUCUGUGUGCUGUUCGUCAAUCAUUUACGUGUGCGUGACGAUCACAGAUCAAUCACGUGUAUUUAUUAAUUUGAGUUUGCAGCUUUAUCGGAAACAAUUAUAGAACAUUUAAGAAGAAAUACAAGUGACUUAUAUUACAUCCUACAUAUUCCGAGCGGUUUGGACUGACAUUAUAGAACUUUCGUACUAAGUUAAACUACAAAGUGAACAAAUAACAAAAAAAUCAAAAAGGUUGAGAGAGAAAAUAACACAAAAAAUAUAUAUUUUUUAUGACCACUUACACAUUAUUACCAAGAAAUUGAAAGACAACAAAGGAUACGAUAGAAAACAGUUACAGGUUUACCACUAAGGAUGACGUUACUGAUGUAAUUGAAAUUCAAUUUUGUUAUUCAUCAUUUGUUGUAUGUCAUCUGCAUUUCUGCAUUCUACCAGUUGCGAAAUUAUACAACAAAUCAUCGACUAGAAAGUUAUUUAUUACGCGAAAAAAACAUGAUGCGUGAUUACCGACAUUGGCGACAGCUAUUACUAUUCUUUUUUGAUCAAAACAAACCAGUCACGGAGGCUUACGAAAUUAUUAAAAAAAUGUAUCCUGGUUCUGUACCAAGCUACGCGAUAUGCGAGCAAUGCUAUAGCCAAUUCAAAACUGACCCUUUUGGUUUACAAUUUACAUUUCAUGGUUAUUCAAAGCCGUUUAAAGAUGAAGAUUUGAAGAAAUGUUUAGAUGAAAAUCCACAUGUAACGAACAAAGAAGUUGCUAUGGUAUUCAAUGUUGAUGAGGAAACUAUUCGGCACCGACGAGAAAACAUAGGAAAACAUCGAACUCAAAGAAACCCGCUUGGCUUGGCUAGUCAGAUUCAUUCCAACACCUGCUUUUCAUUGCUUACACGUCACAAUACGCAGAAGCACUUUGUGGAUCACUUCGUGACUGGAAGUAUACUGUCAAUACCUUACAAUACUCAUGAUCAAACAAAAACAAAAAGAAGUAAGGAAAAUGAACUUAAGCUCUUUAUUUGGUGGGAUAAUAAAGAGGUUAUAUAUUGCAAAAUGCUACGAUCACAUGAAAGUGUUAUCGACGAAUAUUCACGACAAUUAAUUAUGGUAAAGGAAGCGUUGAAAUGGAAACGAAUGCAAAUAGGGAAAAAACGUAAAGUGAUUCUGUUGCUUGAAUUUUUUGUCCAAAAAGAUAUCCUUAAAUCCAUGAAAAAACAGAUAUUGGAGUUUGGAUGGGAAGUCUUACCCUAUCCUACGUCCUGUCUUGGCAUUACUCCAUCUUAUUACGUCUUCCCACACCUGGUGAACGUUUUUAAAAGCAAACAAUGUCAAAAUAUCGAAGAAUUCGAAAAUUGGAUUAUAAGAUCACUUGAUUCACUAAGCCCGUCGUGGUUUAUUAAUGGAUUUAACUCAUUAGUAAAAAAUUGGAAAGAAUGUUUAGCACUUGAAGGAAUACAGAUGUGAUUGAAAUACAAGUCCAAUUCGCCACACUGCUGAUAACGAUGAUGAUUCUUAGCGAGGACAGGCAACGCCAUGGCAAUCGUUUCACUCGCUCUGAAACCGUCUUUCGAAAUUGCGCUUUUAGACACGUAUGUGUAUAAGUGAAAAUCAUAUAGAACCG